AUGUCUUGGAAUCUCUUGAAGCGCUUCAUUGAGAGCGAUGUGUUCAACCAAAGCCCAUUUCUCUCCGUUGCCUAUCUCUCACGCUAUGCAGACCACGUUGGAAUUCAUUAUGUCCUCUGUUCCAAACUUCGUCAGUUCCGCUACGAAGAAAUCGAAUUCUUUUUACCGCAACUAUGUCACUUGAUCAUCAGUGUAAAUAAUGAAUCCAUGGCCCUUGAGGAAUUUAUCCUGGAUUUAUGUGAGGACUCCGUGAAUGCUGCUUUAUUGACUUUCUGGCUGUUUCAAACCUACCUCCACGAUCUCUCUUCCAAUCCCCAAUCGGAAAGUUUUAAGACCUGUCGUCGUAUUUUCAACAAAGUCCAACACGUGGUGUUCGGUGUGUCGGAUCAGACACGAAGUGAAAAGAUCUCAGAGAAUAUACUACCCGUAACGGUUCUUUCCAGCUUUAUUUUUGCCAGUAUUGCAGCCCCCUUCUUGCCAAAAUGGGCUGGUCCAUUAGCCAUCGGGCAGGCGCGGAAACCACAACCGGCCCAAGAUUCUAUUUCGGAGGCGAGUCAAACGCAGCAAAGAAUACAUCGAAGUAAUACCACCCACUCCGCCCUUUCUAGACCCCAGACGACAGGUUGCCUAGUAGAGAGAGAUAACAAAAACAAACCCCAAGAGCCAUCCAAGUUAGCCAGGGCAACAUCCCUCAGUAGAACAUCGUCACCUUCAAGCUUGGGUCGAGGGCAAUCACUAGACUCGAGACCAAGACCCACCCAUCUUGACCUACGACUCCCCAAUACGCGUCGAUGUUCGUCAUCUCUACCGUCAACCGAUUUUGGUCUCCCGACCAUGAAUGAAGCUAGGCCUAUCACCCCUGUUACUGCAUGUAUAGGCGGCUCGUCUCAAUUUGGAAUGAAUCUAUUUCAAAAAAACUGUAGCUCCGAUCUCUCCACAUUAUCAGAAGCACAGAAGGUAAAACUCUUGCGACAAAAUUAUUUUCGUUGUGAAGCACAAUUUAUCACUGCUCUCGAAGACAUCUCCAAUCGCUUGGUAGUAGUUCCAAAAGCUGCUCGUCUUAGUGCGCUACGGGCAGAGCUAGCUUUAAUUGCACAGGAUUUGCCGGCCGAAGUUGAUAUACCUGUUAUAUGCCCAGCGACAUUGGUAGAUGGGCAAUCGAGCAAGAGUCGACACCAUCGUAUCGUACGACUCAACCCUACAGAAGCUACAGUUCUAAAUAGUGCAGAAAAAGUACCAUACCUGCUGAUGGUCGAGGUGUUGCGAGACGAUUUUUCCUUUGAUCCCAGCACCUCUUAUAAUCAGGCUUUAUUAACAAGGCUUAUGGCGGAGCAAGGCUUGGGCCAGCGGCGUAUCUUCGAUAUUUCUGAAUCUGCACGCGCUGCUGCUAGUUCCCGGAAAAAUAGCAAUACUACUUCCCAAAAUUCUCUCAAUCUGGCUCCCGAUAAUGUUAGUCGUCUAUCACUUCUUUCACCUAGAAUAGUUUCUUUCCCAUCCGAUGAUAAAAAAGAAUCUCUAGUGCAACCCUUUAAUAACUAUGCUGCACAAUUAUCUGGUCCACCGAGUCCCUGGAUCUCAGGUAAUCUCUCUAUGUCCUGCCUAGCUAGUCCCAUUGAUCGUAGGAUGACAUUUCCUCAAACUGAAAGGAUUGGAACACCCGAUCAACCUGAUUUCUCAGCAGUCGCUACUCAUAUGCGAACCGCGUCUCAAAUGCUAACCCAGUUACAAAGUACCAGCGGAAAACGGCCCAAGCAUGAGGUUGCAGCCAUUCGUGCUAAGAUUAUUGCAAGCAUGCAAAGUCUAGAUGAAAAGAGUUUUGAAGUUGAGGACAUAAAAAAGCCCUCUUUCGACGACAUCAAAAUGGACGAAAUAGUUGUGGUGCCUGAAGCAUCUGAGAGUAGUUUGGGAAAUAACGCAUCCGAUAGUACAGAAAACAUAGGGGCUGGUGCUGCAAGGAUGGAGAAUGACCAGAAAACUAGUGGAUUUCAGCGAAAAGGUGACUCGGACGACCCAAGUGCCGCAACUUUCGGCGAGGCCUGGAGUGUCAAGAAGGAAAGAAUUCGCAAGACAUCCCCUUACGGAUGGAUGAAAAACUGGGAUGUUUUAAGUGUCAUAGUGAAGACCGGAGCAGACCUAAGGCAGGAAGCAUUUGCCUGUCAAUUAAUUCAAGUAUGUGACGACAUAUGGAAGGAUGCGAAGACCCCCGUCUGGGUGGAGCGUAUGCGAAUUCUCGUCACUGGUGAAUCAUCAGGGCUGAUUGAGACAAUCACAAAUGGGGUAUCGCUCCACUCCUUAAAGAGAAGCUUGACCCUCGAAGCUAUCGAGACUGGGCAGAACCCACGUGGUAAAAUUGCUAGCCUCAAGGAUCACUUUGUCAAGGUUUUUGGGCCUCCUGAGAGCAGUAUGUACCAAGCGGCAGCUGAUGCAUUUAAACGGUCUCUUGCAGCGUACAGUAUUAUCUCUUAUGUACUUCAGCUCAAAGAUCGUCACAAUGGAAACGUGCUUAUUGACAACGAGGGUCACAUCAUUCAUAUCGAUUUUGGCUUCAUGCUAUCCAAUUCGCCAGGCUCGGUUGGAUUUGAGGCUGCACCAUUUAAGCUCACGCAAGACUACGUAGAGGUUCUAGGUGGUGUCGGCUCGGAGCAUUUUGAGGAUUACAAGUCACUCUGCAAGCAAGCUUUUCAAGCGCUUCGACGCUCUGCCGAUCACCUAAUUGAUCUCGUCAAUAUCAUGGGGCGCGAGUCCAAAAUGCCGUGCUUCAGCUAUGGAGUCCAACAAGCUGUUGCUAACCUACGCCAGCGCUUUCAACUCCAGCUCAGCGCAGACGAGGCAGAACAGUUUGUUGAGACGGAUCUAAUUGGAAAAAAUAUGAUAGUUUUCAGUAUCGUACGCAGGGGAUAUAUUAAAGGGUGGAGUGACAUGCGGCCUUGCUCUGGCGCCAGGUCGCGAGGUAAGGAGUUAAUUUUGCAUACAUGA